AAUGCCUCCUUAUCUGCCCUCAGAGCCCUCACAGCUGUCUUUCUCAGUUCCAAAGUAGGUGUAUCCACCUACAGAAAUCUGACCAUUCCCCGGGCUGCAAACCUCAGAGAGUGCUGCCACCGAAAUGCGGACAUUAUGAAGCUCCCCAGACAGCAAAGGAACAUGGUCAUCUUGCCAGAGAGACAAGACGUUCCAUGUGCCUACCCCGAUGGUUCACCUCAAACUGGGACCCAAGUGCCAAUCCCGCCACCAACCCCCCAAAAAAUUGUUUCUCUGCAAGUUGGAGGACCACUUUCAGGGCCGGAUGCAGUUUAAUGUCAUACCCAGGACAUGUACCGUGUAAUGGAACCAUAAUCUUUUAUACAUAAUAUAAACAGCAGAAAAACCGUACAGAAUAAUUUGGAUUCCACACUCAACAAUGAAAAAGGGUGCAAAAUCAGCCACCUGCACCAAAAACAUAGCACAUGACGGGUUGUGAGGGGCUGUGACAUGAUUAUUGAGGAGGAGAAAAGGAGAGACCGUGUCCUGUAACACAAAUUUGUGUUUAGGUUUCUGCAUCACCCUGUCCUAAAGUACAAACAAAUGUUUCCAUCUUGUCAUGGAAUUUAAGGAAAUUCAGCUCAAUUCUCAUGAUUUGAAAUAAUCAAAAUGAAAGGGAAUGCCCCCCCCUCCCCUCAGAAGUUGGAAGCCCAGAAAUAAGGAUUAAUAAGUAAAUAAAUAUUUUUAUUGCUAUGCAUGCUAUGAGAUCAGCAUGAAUUUAUCACAGACACACUGUAGUUAACACUAUGGUACAAAACAUAUCAAUUUAUAUUCACAUGUAUUAUUCCAUGAACGUAAUAUUAAUAAGCGCCUGCGCACACCCCCUUGAAUCGCAUUGUGGGUUGCCAGGUUGCGGUUGCGGUGACAGAUGGCUUGAAAUUCUGUGUAGAGUGCGGAUUGUGUGUCUAGAUAUUCGUUUCACAUACGAUCUGGCAACUUGGUUUAUGACCGACAAACAUACAAAACUUGUAUCUGUGUAUGACGAUUAUUCAUAAUGAAGUUUGAGGGCCAUGCAAAUUGCGGGGGAGAAACGACAAAACGGGAUGGCGGCCGGAGAUGGCUUUGGAAUAAGGGACGAACCUUGGAAUACGGGAAAAUCGGGAGUGCUGGCAGGCAUGCGAAGGAGAUCCGUUCCUAAUUCUGUCUUCGGAACAGCUAUUGGACUUUCCAUGAUUGACAAACUGCACUGUCUUGAUGAUCUGAGAAAAGUGUCAUUUGGCUGUGAGUUUCCCAGACAUGGAUUGAAGCUCCUCUACUGGUUCGCUGUGAACUGUGUAGAAUUCCAUCCAGAUGGAGUAAUGAGUCUAAGGUGUGACCCAGAUGAAGGAGAUUUUGGGUUCCACCACUAUGGAAACUACGAGAAACUUCUUCCGGAACGCAAGCAUUUCUAUUUACGUUAUUUUGUGGUAGGCAACCUGAACCCUUUAACUCACCCAAGUGCUCAGGACCUGCCUAAUUAUGUGAGGGGGACAUACGGUUCCAAUGGCAGCUUUGAGCAUAACAUGGACCGCAUUAUUAUCAGCUUCAAUGAUAUCAGAAACAUAAUAACAGAUGUUUACAUCACUGAGCACUGGCACAGAUCAAAUUGCUUCAGACCAGAUGCCACGUAUCUUCUGAGUCCUGAGCUCCUUAAGAUCAUACAGCAAAUGACACUGACAGGCUUCCUCACCAGGACCGCCACCAAUGACUAUAUGGACAAGUCAUCUGAUGUCAGCGAUGAGUUACACACCAAUGAGUGUGCUGUUGAAUGCAGCAAUGACAACAACGUUGGCUUUUUCAAUAAGCCUAAUACAGAGGGCAUACAAUGUGAAAUGCUGAGUAGAUUGGGCGUUAAGCAGUCCAGUCCUGCUCUAUUUCCAGAAUCAUUAUGUCACUUAAGCAGAAGCUGGACAGAUCCAGUUAUCUCAAAACCAUUCAGCUUCCAUAAUGCCUUACAACCUGUUACUCAACCAGAACCACAGCAUCAAAUUUAUAAUCAGAUUACUCAAAUACUCCCAGACAUGCCCAAAGGUGACAAGGUUACCCCCACAGAGACACACAAACCUGCAAAGUCCAAUAUGUCCUCAAAACAUAUGGGAAAUAAAACUUGCCAUUCACAACCGAUUUUUCAUCCAAAUUUCCACCAGAUCCAUACUGCUGAUCUUGUACUUAGAAAUGAGACCUCAUGUAGCAUCUGUGUUUCUGAAUCAGGGUUCCCAUCUUCCUCCCCACCUCCUCGCCCCCAUCACAAUUCUGCGACAAACUCCAUCUUGUCAGAGUCUCAAACUGGUCUCGAGUGUCAGAGCCAAUUAAGUCCAACAGGUAAGGACAAGGUCUCUGAGCUUCAAGGGAGCAGGUCCAGCUGCUGGGUGGACUCUGCCGAUGCGGCAGUGCUGAGUUUUCUUGCAGUGUUGGCUAUACUGGUGAUCCAGUUUUACUUUGUGAGACUUGGCACCGUGUUACUAGCCGAACUGCUGCUGGGACUGGCCCCCAUUCCUGACAGGCAGAGAGCUUCAUGGAGGAAGCCCAGCAGUCCUCAUCCAGAAUCCCCUGCUGGAUCUCUGCCGAGGGCUUCUCCCGUGCACUCAAGGUCUGGUAAAAAAUGGAAACGAAAGAAAAAUAAGAAGUGCAAAAAAAAGUGAGGAGUAUUCUCUGAUAAGGAGUGACAUGGAGUUCCAGGCAUUUCUGCAAGCUUUUAUAUCAUUUGUUUCCUUGCUUAAUUACCUUUUGAUUUAUGUUCUUUAUGUUUAUAUGUAGCACCAUGGUCUGAGCAACAAAAAUUCAUGUUUCUGUAUCCAAUGUAUUGUGUAUGGCUAGUGUGACAAUAAAACCCCACUUGACUUGA